AUGGACAACUCACCGACCGCGCUGUUCGACUCGUACGAGCAGGACUUUCAGCAGAUUGUCUCUAGCAUUCGGGAUAAGGUCGAAGGAGAUGCGAGAGGAGAGCAGCCAGAGCAGCGCAAGGCCGCUCUGCGGCGGGCAGAGAUGGAGCUGGACGAGGCGGAUGAGAUGGUCUCUCAAAUGGAAAUAGAGAUCCAGGGCAUCCCGCAGUCCAUCAAGCCGUCCUACCAAGCGCGCAUCAAAUCCUCCAAGGCGGAGCUGCAGCGGUACAAGAAGCUCGCGAAAGACCUGCAUGCGCAGGCAUCGCGCGCGGACCUUCUCGGCGGCGGCGCACGGGAUGGGAUGGGCGCGCCGCUCUCCGACGACCCGUACGGCGCGACGAGCGACCGGACGCGCUUGCUGGCGGGGACGACAUUGUUAGAGGAUGGCUCAAGGCGGCUGCAGGAGAGCCACAGGAUUGCGCUGGAGACGGAGGAGCAAGGGACGGAUAUAUUGAGGAGUCUGCGGGUGCAAAGGGAGCAGAUACAGAAUUCGAGGGAUACGCUGCAACGUGCUGAUACGUCGAUUGACCGUGCGUCUGGUACGUUGAAGAAGAUGAUUAGACGGAUGUACCAGCAGCGCGUCGUCAUUGGGGCGAUCGUCGUUGUGCUCGUCCUGCUCAUUCUCGUCAUCCUGUGGGCGAAGCUCUGGCACUGAUCGUUGUGCCUCCCCUCUUUCGCUCUCUUUCAUCUUGUAGGGCGAUUAUCGAUGGGACUGAACACUUUGUGCCUCUCGUUAUUAUUUAUGUAGAUCCUUCUAUACCUUCAUUGACUGUGUACUCUAUUGCUGGAUUCAUUCUCGCUGUUAGACCAUUCC